UAUUUUCAAUCUAACCUAACAAAAUAUUUAUAUAUCUUGGAAAAAAAAAACAAAAAAAGUUUAAAAAUGGAUUUCGAUGAGGAAAUGUUUGAAGAGCAUUUAGACGAAGAAUAUCAAGACAGUGAAAUUUCGGAAGAAUUUACGCAGUUGGAGACACAAGUUGAGGAAUUAGAAAAGAAAAAACUCAUUGCCAAAUAUGACCAGGAACUUUUAGAUAAAUUGGAAAUGGCCAUAUCUUUACUAAGACUACAUGUACAAAACUAUCAGCGCAUUGUAAUAUUUAACAGGCGCAGAUCCAAGCAACGUUUAAGGCGAAGACAGAGUACGUUGAGAAAUUUCUUUAUACAAUCCUUAAUGGAAAUGCAAAUAAGAUUUGCGAAAAUGUUACCGCUAUCAAUAGAACCUCAAGUAUUUGGGGAAAACAACAGCACAAAAGAUGAACAAAAGUUUGAGGAUACUACGACAAUUGAAUCUUCGCUCUGUAAGGAAACGAGUCAUACUCGGCCAAACAUUGUCAACACAACGACAGCUGUAUCAAAAGAACAAAAGUUUGAAAAUCCUACUAACAGUACACCUGAGGAGGAGAGCCUUAUGGAAGAAGAAGAAGAGUCUUCAGAAACUUUGUGUUUUUACAAAGAUGUUGUUUCCAAAUUUACCAAUGACCAGUGGCUAGAUACAUUUCAUAUGCCUAAAGAUAUAUUUGAUCUUAUAUGUGCUAGACUAAAAACCUCAUUGCUGGAUAUAGAACUACCUUUGGAAUCCUGGAUUGCCAUGUGUAUUUAUAUGUUAGCCACCGGCAGUACAUUUAGUUCUGUUGCUAUGCUUUUCAAUGUGGAGAGAAUUUACGCAAGAAGAUCUUUAUUUAAGUUUAUAAGCUGUUUGAUAAAAGAAUUUUCGGAAGAGACCUUAACCAUGCCGAAAACGAAAAAAGAGUUUGAUAGAAUAUCCAAUGGUUUUCAAAAAGCUUCUAAUAUGACACCCUGUGUGGCGGGUGUCUUAAGUCUAUUCGAGGUGCCCAAUGUCUGUGCUUGUGGACGCAACAGAAGCUGUGGCGGCAAAAAUCUUAAAGUACAAGCUUGUUUAGAUAAUCGUUUACUGUUUCGUAAAGUGGAAACGACCACCCAAAAACCCACCAUGUUCCUGCGUUCACCCAACGAAAUCAGCCUCAACUGGAAGAAAUUCUCUGACACCUGUAUAGUGCCGUACUUUAUAGUCGCUCCUCCCGGUUAUCCGCUGCGCACUUGGCUUAUGCAAAAAUAUGAUAAUCCCAAAGAAACAUGGGAAUAUGAAUUCAAUAAAUGUUUUGGCAGUUUAAACAUUUAUAGGGAUGUUGCUAUGAAGCGUUUAUUUGGUCGUUGGCAUAUUUUAAACACCACCGAAUGUAUUAUACCGGAAUCAAAGACUUUUAUAGUAAAAGCCUGCUGUAUUUUGCAUAAUAUCUUAGAGGAUCGCAAAGAAUACUUUUCCCUGGAGUGGAGUAAAGACUUUAAUCCAGCUCGAUAUGAAUACAAGCUGGCUACAGCGGUAACACAAUUCUAUAAUGAUUCAAAACCGGCUAUAGAAAAACGUAAUAGUAUUGCUAAGUUAAUAAGUUUAACAAAAGUGCAUAAAUUAGAGAUGGAAUUGGAUGCGAAUUAGUUAAUAAAUGUACAUUUCUUUUUAUAAUUUAAAGGUGUGUUUUUAUUGGUGAGAUACAUUUCCAUUGGAGAUUCCAGUGUUGUAAACUUUGAUAUCUAAAAAUUAUGCUUUCCUUCUAUUAAUUUACUACAAGGACCUCGCUUCUCUAUG